AUGACGACGGCACCCGAAGGACACCAGGUGGUGUACAAACUCUACAAGGCCCGGUACUUUGGCCUCUUCUCAAUCGUCCUUCUCAACAUUGCGACCGGGUUCGUCUGGCUCUCAUACUCGUCCGUCCCUGACGCAGCACGGGACUACCUCAACGCCAAUGACUUCUUGGUCUCGCUGACGUCGAUCCUCUACUUUAUCGCCUACAUCAUCAUGGCCCCCGUCUCCGGAUGGAUGUUCGAGAAGCAUGGAAUCAAGAAGUCCCUCAUCUUUGGCGCCUCGAUCCAGAUCGUCGGCGCUUGGCUCCGGUAUUUUGCCAAUUUUAUUGACUCGACUCCCGAUAACAACACGGGGCGGUUGGUCUUGACCAUGGUCGGCCAAAUUAUUGCUGCAGGCGCUCAGCCCUUCUUCUUGAACUUACCUCCUAAAUUCGCGGCGGUCUGGUUCUCGGAGAAUGGACGGACAACGGCGACGAUGAUCGGGUCUGUCUCCAACGCCCUUGCCGCCGCCCUAGCUCAGCUCAUCAUCCCCAUUGUCACUGACAACAAAGUCCCCAGCACAAUGUCCAACACGACCUUGUUCACUGCCAUCCUAGCCAUUGUUGCUUUGAUUCCAGCUCUCUUUGUUGCUGACCGCCCUCCUAGCCCACCUUCCCCCUCUGCGGCCGAGGCGCUUCAGGAGACUGCAGAGGAGCCCUUCAAGACAUCGCUCAAGAAGACCACCUCUAACAAGCAGUUCCUCUUGCUCAUGAUCACCUUCGGUUCCCUCGUCGGUGUCUUCAACACCGUCACGUCACUCAUUGCUACUUUCUCCCAGCCCUAUGGAUACACUGUCAACGAGGCUGGAUACUUUGGAGCCGGAAUGGUCGUUGCUGGACUCAUUGGUGCCGGUAUCUCGGGCCCCGUGAUGGACAAGACCAAGCAGUACAAGUCUCUCUGCAAGCUCGGCGUCCCCGUCGCCACUGCCUUCCUGGUCGCGCUGAUCUUUGUCGUCCGCGUCAACUGUUUUGCGGGCAUCAUGGCCGUCAUGGUCUUCAUUGGCGUCUCUGCUUUCGCCGUCCUUCCUGCAGCACUUGAGCUCGCCGUCGAGAUCACAUACCCCGUCACUCCUGCUUCAUCCGCCUCGGUCCUAUGGGCGUGCGGUCAACUUGUCGCCGUCAUCAUGCUGUUCGUCUGCACUGCCCUUCAGAACAACGACCUGUCGAUCGAGAAGGGUCUCAACCCUCCAUUGAUCUUCCUCGCCAUCUGGGCUGCUGUCUUUGGCGCCGCCCCAAUCAUGCUCAUCACCUCACCUUACAAGCGGUUGGAGGCUGAGGCUGCCAAGCGGAAGCGUGAUGGGGCCGACAGUCUGACUACUAUUGACGGUGCCAAUGGCGGCAAGCACGAGUACCUUGAAGAGAAACAGUCUGCUAAUGUCGUUUAA